GAAGUCAGUGAUUAGAUUCCUUCAGUUUCUCGCGCGUGGCCACUCAGUCAGUGUCAAUCAGUUACGUUACACGUCCAGUUUCGGUGUCCUCCCUUGGGUCUAAUUUGAGUGCUCUGCCCCGAAUUUUUUCUCGAAAAGUGCCGCCUUUCAGCUGAGCCAAGAUGCAAGAAUUUAAUAAACCAACCGUCCUCUAUCCAGCUGUCAACGAGGUUGUUACGACUCCACCAGCUUCAGCCCCGCCUGCUUACAAUCAAGUCAUUGGACAACACGUAGGCGGCGUAGGCCGCGCUGAGGUCCAUGAAAUGGCCUCUUCUCCUGGUUACAAUCAAAUAACAGUCGAGGUUUUUCCGACUUUGGGAGCCGACCCUGCGUACAUAAGGUGUCCUCACUGCAGAGAGGAAGUCAUUACCAAAACCAACACAAGCUCACGCUGCUGUGCUCAUGUUUGCUGCUGCACAAUGCUCAUAACAGGGAUCUGCAUACCUUUUUGCUGGGUGCCGUACUGCAUGAAGUCUUGUGAGCGCACCACCCAUCGCUGCCCCAAAUGCAAAAAAAUGCUUGGGACUCAUCGCGGUUGAGGGAGAUGGACCUUCUACCUUCCGCCAAGUGCUGUUUUUAUGCAUUGCAAACAGGAGUUGAGAACAAGGUUACUGAUGACCUGACUUUGCAACUGAUAAGCCUGAAGAACCGAACACUACUUGAUUUUAAUUUCUUCGUUUUUAAAUGUAAAAGAGGGAUUAGAAAUGAAAUCAGCAUUAUCCCCUUAAUUUUGAUAAACAUGAAUCAAGGCAUAAGGUUCAAAUCAUAUUCAAAAAUUUCUUUUCAUUUUUUACAAGUUUGAUAAAUUAAUAGUUUACUAUACGAUUUUAUGUAUUAUUUUAAGUGCACAUGCAAACUAAGUUUAAUUUUAACCAUUGGGACAAUCCUGAUGCAAAUAGGUAUGUAAGUAUUUUUAUCAAAAAAGGUCACAUCAAUUUUUAGAGUACAGCAUAGCCAUUAUAACAAUCUGAUGGACUUUUUAAGUGCCUUAUUGUGUGAGAUAUUGAGAAUGCACUCUUGCCUCUGAAGAAAAUUUUAAAAAAUAGUGUUUUUCAAACAAAUGGAUUUGUUAAUCAAUAGUUUGAGUCAUGAAAUUUAUGAGUAUUAGAUAAAUCAUCUUAUAAUGUGUGUGUAUCAGUUGAUGACCAUCAUUAAUUGUUGCAAAUUUAGUCCAUCCUUCUUUGAUAAAUUUCUCGUGAUUAAAUAUGCAUUUUUGGCUAAAAUGCAAACAAGAUUGGGACCCACUCAGCUAAAUCUGAGUCACCGAAUUCUUUAGGAUUAAGUUACCAUACAUGUGUUUAUUACUUGAAAAGGGUUUUAAAAUUAUUCUAUUCUUUUUAUAAAUUUCUCAAUAUUAAAUGUAUACUUUCAACAAGGAAA